AUCUCAGUCUUCUUAAAACACACAACACAAGCAAAAAUAACAACAUUAUCUGCAAAUAUCGGGAAGAGAGAAAUAAGAAGAAGAAGAUUAUUACCAGCAGAUGAAGCAGAAAAACGGUGAUAAGAGAGGAAAAAGUGAAGGUGGUGAGAGAAAGCGAUAGCCCCAGAAAUCAAUAUGACAAGAAAGAUUCAAUCUUUAUUUUAAAGAUUCAAUUCUUAUGCAUCCAUUUAAGUCGUUUUGAGAGUAGAGAGCUUAGCUGUUUUUUAGAUGACGAAAUCCAUGGCGGCCUCUUCUUGUUCCUCCUCCUCCUCCUCCACCGCCAAGACCUCUCUCUCUCCUCACCACCCUCCCCAUUUUACUCCGAUCGAAGAAGGGAACGAAGACGAGGAAUUUUCGCAGGGCAGGACCAGUUUUCGGGCGACGACUCCGGCGAGCGAUAACGCCGACCCGAGAGACGGCGGCUACCACCCGACCCCGCUGAACUCCGAGAGCAAUGCCACCGCAUCGGCCAAAUCCUCCGCGUCGACCAAAUCAUCCACCAAGAAGAGGCUCGAAAACAGCCACGAGGUGUCGUGCAACAAGUGCCGGCCGAGCAACCGGGAGAAAAUCUCCGUCGUCCCAUUGGAAAACAACGGCAACGGGUCGGGCCAGAGGCUCUCGAUCGCCAGCCCGAACGGCCUCUUCAAGUCAAUCCUUUCCUCCCUUGCCAUGAAAAGAAGCCCGCGGCUGCCGGACGACGCUCGAGACGAGCACUGGAAGAUCGUGGUUGCCGAGCUCUCGAACAAACUGGUCCAGGCCACCCGGAAAAGAGACGAGGCCAUCCUCGAGUCCUCCAAACUCAAGCACUCCAUGGCCGAGCUCGAGAAAAAGCUCAACAAGCUCGAAAUCUACUGCCACACCCUGAAAUCGGGCCUCGAAGUCUGUAGCAAUAAUAAUAAUAAUAAGAGUAAUAAUCAACAGCCGACCCGAAAAUCUCCAUCCAGGGUCGACUACCGUCUCGUACGAGUCGGUGAUCGGGAGAGAGUAGUCGAGCAUUUUCUCAUUUCUGUAUCCGAGUCAAGAUCCACGGUUCGGGCCUUGACCCGGGCCCUUUCCCUCCACCUCAGGCAAAUGGGCGGGAAAGUUCACGAACGCGUUUCGGCUCUCUUACAGCCUUACGACGUCCGUGUCUCAUUUUCAAGAAAUCCGAGAGGCUUACUUUUCUACUUGGAGGCCCUGCUCAACCAGGCUUUUUAUGAGGAUUUCGAGUCGCCCGGGUUUCAAAAGAGCGGCCCGAACCCGAUCCUGAACCCGAUCGACCGUUGUGAGGCGAAUUUCGCCAUGUUCACCCGGCUGCAGGGGCUGACGUGGGAUGAGGUCCUCAGUAAGGGGACGAGGCACUUUAGCGAGGAUUUUAGCCGGUUUUGCGACAGGAAAAUGAGCGAGAUCGUGGCCAUGUUGGGCUGGAACCGGGCCUGGCCCGAACCGCUAUUGCAGGCCUUUUUCGGUGCUUCAAAGGCGGUUUGGCUGGUGCACCUGCUGGCGAAUUCGGUGCAUCCGGGCCUGCCUGUUUUUAGAGUGGACAAAGGGGUCGGGUUUGACCCGGUUUACAUGGAGGAUAUGGGCGGUGAACGGGCGAGGAAGUUGGUGCCUAAUGUGGUUCGGAUUAUGGUCAUGCCGGGAUUUUAUGUGUAUGAUAAUGUGGUCAAGUGCAAGGUGCUUUGUCGGUAUUACAAUAGCAACCAUGGAAGUAAUUUUAGCGAUUUUUACGACAAGGGCUUCACGCCAUCUCCCUCUACUCUUGAAUUGAGCUAUGGACAAUUGGAGAUGUUUGAAGAGGUGGGGUGUAAAAGUGGAAGUGUGACCAAAUUAAUGUAUACGGUGGCAUGGAUGGCAUGGCACUCUUUUGGUUGUAUUCUAAAGUCAGAAGGCGGUGUGACAGCUCUUGGGACCAGCUUGAUUGUUCUUUCCAAACAGGCUAAUAAUGUGACAGCUCUUGGGACCAGCUUGAUUGUUCUUUCCAAACAGGCUAAUAAUGUAGCACCAAACUCAUAAAUCAUGUAUGAUUUCCCCAAUCUUGAAGAUGAUGAAGUAUGUGUAUACAUACGUUAUCUGUAUUCAAGGGGAUUUGUGGGAAUCAAUGAUGGUUUGAUUGGAAUGUGACAAUGGGUUAGACCCGGUUUGCAUUUGCCCGUUAUGGUGCUACUUGAAAUUAUGAAGUUGGUCGAUGGGUCAAGCCGAUGGGCAAUGGCCUGCCGCAAUCUAUCAACAAUGACUACUACUAUUGUAAUAGAAUCGAAUGAGUCGAGCUUAGCAUUUUGAGUUUGCGUUACAUUAUGUUCCAACACUACUUGUUUUUUAUAAUUUUUAUUUUAGCUGACUUAUCACCUAAUUUUACUAUAUUUUUAU